AUGCUGCUCUGCCUGGCGUGCGUGGACUACGAGGAGCGUUUCGAGCUGGUCUAUUUCCUGCAGUCGCUGGCGAAUGAACAAUCUCUGGUGUUAAAAACGCAAGUGUCCUACGACCGCCCGGCUUUGCCUUCGGUAUGCGCGGUUUGGCCGGCGGCCGAUUGGUAUGAACGCGAAGCCCACGAUCUUUUCGGCGUUUCGUUCGACGGCCACCCUGACCUGUCGCCCCUCCUGCUGUACCCGGAGUUUGACGGUUAUCCCGGCCGCAAAGCGUAUGAUUUCUUCGAGUACCGGGAGUUCUAG